GUGUCCCCGUGAGUUGGAAACCAGUAAGCAAGUCUUCUAAUAAAGGUCUGAUAGAGUCAUGUACAUCAAGGGAUCAGCACUAAAAGAUGUGGACCUGAUGUGGUGUCAAGCUGAUGAAGCUUUUGCUUGCUUCUUUUGGCUGUUCGUUUAACACAAGACAAAGUACAGACUGAUCGUCAUACCAUUUUAAGAUCCUGGGAUGUGAAAGACUUUACACCAGACUGUCGUCAGUAUCUUUACCUCUUCCAUGCCGGCAAUAAAAUACAUCUGAAACUUGUUGAUCAUAUUGUACGUGAAGAUGGGUUAAGGUUAGAUUAGAUGAGUUCAGCUUUGCUUUGUUAGCCAACAACUGUCUGUAUCCUGGACUGUCCACACUUGUAUUAUUGCUGGUACACUUUCAGCAGUGAGCCAUGGCAGCAGUCAUAUAGAAGGCAUGCUGGGAAUGAAAUUCAUCACAUACAGCUGCAAAAAAGUGUUUUCAUUGGUAAUUAUGUGGGCUACACAAGCCUCAGCUGAUGCUCACCAAAGGCAACUUCAAAACUACUUUGUCAACUAUCCAGAGAUUCAGGGGAAUGAAAUCUUAGACUAUUUAUAAUUAAGAUGUUCCUUCAGAGUUGAAAACAACUACAUUCUAGCUUGAACGUCCCACAAGAAGAAGUGAGGUGGCAGCAGGCAGGGGUCUAACCUAGGAUCAUGGAGACCACUAAACGAUAGUCCAGAGUUUAUAUGAUUGAUUGAGUAGACAAAGAAGGGAUGGAUUACUGGAGCUAAAAGAAGGCAUAAUUUAACAAUAGACUACUUUGGGCUGCCAUUAUCCAAGGACAUAUGAUUCUCUGGAGGCUUACAUCACUGGAAAAAGUCUUUGGGCCCCUGAAGAUUACAGUACAUGUAAUGCUGCAAAAGGAGGAGGAUGCUGGGCCAGGCACAUACAACUCAAUUUACUUCUAUUGGCUGGAAAUAUUUAAAGCAUGACAGUGGCGUAGGUAAAUUACCAAAUAGUGGAUCUUAUGUUGGAUUGAUCAGCCCUGAUGAACUGACCUGACCAUUGUAAUUGAAACCAUAACUCAUGACCACUCUAUCUGUAUAGGUCCUGGUAUACCCUGGGAUGAUGUUCACCCACAACUUUUAACUUGAAAUCUUAAAGGAAGUUUUGCUAAACUAACAAGCAUGAAUGUCUGGUACAGUAAGAUAGGGUUAAUGGUCAACCUGACAUUAUGGUUCAUUCAUUGGGACAGCUAAUGUUUGUGUCUGACCAAGCAGUUCUCAAGUUAGGGCUUGAUGAAGUCUACAAACUGACCAUUAUAUCUACUGGACAAAAAAGGAUCUUAUAUGUAUAUUUUAAACCUGGUCAAUGCCUAUUUCUCCACUAUUGUCAACAUCUUGAGACAUCACCAUCGGCAGAAACCGAAGACGGCUGAUACAUUUGUGUGGGUGAAAAACUGAAGGCAUCGCUCGAAGACAGCUGAUACACUUGUGUGGGUGAAAAACUCAAGGCUUCGCUCGAAGACAGCUGAUACAUUUGUGUGGGUGUAAAAUUCAAGGCGUCGCCUGAAGACAGAUGAUACAUCGUUUCCACGUCAGCGCUCGUCACCAACUUUUGACACGCUCUUGCAUUGUCGAGGUUUCACCUUACAUUGCUAUACAGAAGGUCCUCCAUUUAGACCUCUGUUCACUUAUGGUCAUUCUAAUUUUUCAGAGACUUUACAUAUUUGGAUUAUCUAAGCUGAAGUUCUCCACUUAAGUACUGUUGGAUUAUUUAUACGAAUGUUCAAGUACUUUUGGAUUAUUGAUCUUUGACGUUGAAGUUGGACUAACUUGUACCUAUUGGCGCUCUCCUAGUCAUCGUUGUACGACGAAGAAAUAACACAUGCCUGCAUUACUACACUUACAUUUUGGAUUAUCUUAUUGGAUUAUUUGGAUUACCUGUUGGACUUGUGUUAAUUGUAAAGGUCAAGAGGAAAUAUUUUUUGACAUUACUUGAGCAUUUGAGCCAUCUUAUGGCAUAUGACUGGAUUAUUUUACUACUACUUUGAUGCUCACAUUGAUGUGUACUCUCAAUCGGAUUACUUAGUUACCUUACCCAUGGAUUAUUAUUGAACUACUCAAGCUGUAUUUGUAUUUGACAAGCUACAAGAGAGGAUUAAUCUACAUCAGUCUACAAAAGAAAGUCUGUAAGUUAUAAUUAAGGAUUGAAUAUAUUCAUAUGAUUAAUAAAGUACAUUGAUUUUGCUGUGGUAUAGCAGUAAUUGAAGUUGAUUAUAUGUAGAGUUAGUGAUUGAUAACUCUUGGAACCAUAUUAAAUUGAUUUUCAUUUUUUAUAUUUGUUACCUUAAAGGGCGGUCGGCGUGGGUCUAUCUUAUGUUUUGAGACUGAAUCGGCACAAUUUAUUUGUUCCGUUCCAUUUCACUUCAUCUGAUAGGGAUCUUUAGGGAUUUUCUUGUUGUUCUCCUAGUCCUAAUAAGGUCCGAGUAGACCAGCCUUGUUCGGUAGGGACUUCUAGAUCAUUUUGAAAUUUUUUGUUUAGUGGUAUAUAGUUUUGUUUGUACAAUCGUAGUGUGAUUUCUCUUUGUAUUCAUAUUGUUUGUUUGUGUAAGUCUUGUAUUUACAUAUCUGUGAUUCUCUUGUCAAAGUCUUCUAUUUAUUGAUUUCUUUUAAAGCAGACUGUAUUGUUAUCUAUAUUGUUUUUGUGUUCGUCACCUAUACUUUAAUUUAUCUCUUUAUUCUCUCAUUAAUUAAUUUUUUUUUCAUUUUUUCACUGCACAUAUAACAUGUUACAAAGAUAUAUUUGAAGUAAUAAUAUUGUGUACAUAUAUACUAUCACUUGAAUUAGAGCCUUAUUUUUUGAGCUCUUGUACUUAUUUUGUAUUGACACAUUUCUCGUACUCUGAUUAUUUUGUUGGUACAUUUUGACGCAACACUUAUUACUAUUGACUCAUUUGUACAUUGUAUUUGGCACACAUUGAUUACAAACUCAACACAUUUAUUGGCCAUCUAUUAUUUAAAUAUCAAAGAUACAUGCAAAGUGAGACAUUAUUAUUUGUAUUUUGAUAACUAAGCACUCACUACACAGUUAAUACUACAUACAGAUUGGAAUCCUAUAUAUUUGUUGACUUUAUACACGUUGAAGAUUAUUUAAUAUUUAUUGACAUUAUACACACUUGAAGCCUAAACCCAUACCUAUCAACAAUGUCUAUCUAUGAUAAAAUCUUGGAGUUGGCCAGAGAAAUGGAAUUGAAGGGUGAAAAGAAAAGAGAAUUUAUCGAAAGAGAAUUGGAUGAAUUAAAGAAGAAAGAACGUGAAGUAGCGGAACGAGCGGCAGAAAGAGCGCAUCAGAAAGAAAUAGAGGGAAAAGUUGAGUUAGCUAAACUGGAAGCUGCAAAAGUGAAUCCGAACAUAUUACAACCACUGACACAGCAAGCCAAACCAUACGUCUCGAAGUUCCAUAAGUUCAAUGAGAAAAACGAAACUCUUGAAAACUACAUUGUGCAAUUUGAGCACAUAGCCUCAACGUAUGACAUGUCUCCUAGAGAUAUGGCCAAGCACCUACUCGCCAAUCUUGCAGGUGAACCGCUGAACAUAAUAGCCACCCUGACACCCGAACAAAAGACUGACUACAAGGCUGUGAAAAACAGACUCCUCGAACACUUUGGCAAAUCCGAGGACCACUACAGAAAACUCUUUCGAGACAUCAGAUUGCAAAAGAACGGUGAUUACAACAGAAUUAUUUUUGAAAUUAAGCAAAAUAUCUUAAAGUGGCUUGAACUCUCCAACUGUGAUAUGACGAGACCAGACCAAAUCAUUGAUAUGUUCUUAAUUGACAGUGUACUAUUGAAUGUUACAGACAACAUUUUCACUUUCCUGAAAGAGAAGAAAAUUAAAAACGAAACAGAACUCAUAACUAACCUGAAUUUAUUCAAAGACAGCCAUCCCAAUCACACCAUCGACAGAAGAGACCAUCAAAUAGCUGCCACCAUUAACACUGAUUCAAGUAAAUUCAAAUACAGCAGCAACAAUAAAACCUGCUUUAACUGCGGCAUAAAGGGUCACAUAAAGAGCCAAUGUAGAUCAAUCAACAGAAGCACUUUCCAGUAUCAAAGUGGCACAUAUCGAGACAAUAAAUAUGACAACAGAAGAAACAGCAGAGCAACCCAAAGUUACAGCCCUAAUGAUAGAAGAAGGCAAUACAACACCAACAACGAUAAUUACAACUUCCAGAACUAUCAAAGAAGACAGCAAUACAAUACCAACAACUUUCAGAACUAUCACAGACAAUCCAGACGUGAUGGCUACGAACGAAACAGAUACAACAGAAAUACUUCAAACAGAUGGCAAAGUAACAGCAACAAUAGAAUCCAUAGACGCCCUAGCAGUUAUGACAACUCAGCCGCAACCAUCGACACUCACGAACAUGUAGCAUUCAUGAACUCAACUCUAGAAAAUAAUUCCUAUCCAUUACUUACAAACGGGCUGGACAACGCAUCACGAAACAGUAACAUUAGAACUGGAAACACACAUGACACAAGUAGUUAGCAAGCUAGACAUAGGGCAGCACAACAUACAAUUUUGUUUAUUAUACAAUAGGAUACAACACCAUCACAAAAUCACUAAAUAUCAGUAAUAUAACUAAACAAUGACAUUGUUCACAUAAGUCAACAACUAUAAUUAUCACACUAUUUUACAUAACACUAGCACCGUUAAGGACUCAUUAGCCAGUACAAGUGUAAUUCAUUGAAUCUGUUGAUGCCAUAUUCUACAUAUAACUUUGAUUGUAUUUGUACACAUGACACUUCAAAAGGUCAUGUGUGCCCAAUUUUUGCAUAUGUGUAAAUUAUUUUUCCAAGAGUCCAUUUGAACAGAACGCAGUCAUAUUAAAACCUGAGUAUGUGACACUAUUUAUUGAAAUGUAUUUUUCAUUUUUUCAAAUGUACAUAACCUUUGUAAAUUGUAUAGAUAUGACUGUGACAUUGAUCUUCACUGAUGAAUUUAUUUUUUCCCACAUAUCAGUUUUGAAGACUAUUUGAGCUUAAUUCGAGGCUUGAAACGAUACACUUGAUGAUAUGUAAUGCAAACAAUGAUUUUUUGAAAAGAAUAUUGUAUUUAAUUAGUGAGAUGUAUUUGAGCAUUACUGAUGGCUUGAAAAAUAAUUGAUACUGUGUAAUGCAAACUGAAUCUUUGAAUAGAAGAUUGUACUUAAUAUGAGAAGUAUUGGAGCAUUAUUGAUGGCUCAUGAAGUAAUAUAUAUAAUGUGUGAUGUAAUCGCUGAUUUUUUGAGGAGAAGAUUGUAUUUAAUAUGAGAAAAUUAUUUGAGCAUUAUUGAUGGCUCGUGAAGCAAUACAUUUGAUGUGUGUCGUAGACACUGACUUUUUGAGAAGAUUGUAUUUAAUAUGAGAAAAUUAUUGGAGCAUUAUUGAUGGCUCGUGAAGUAAUAUAUUUGAUGAUGUGUGAUGUAGACACUGAUAUUUUUUGAGAAGAUUGUAUUUAAUGACAAAACUUUUGGAGCAUUAUUGAUGGCUCAAGCAGUAUAUUUUAUAUUAUGUGAUGAUAACACUAAUUUUGAGAAGAAUAUUGUAUGGAUAUGAGAAAACUAUCGAAGCAUGAUUAAUGGCUCGAAGUAAUAUACUUGAUUUUUGAAAGAACAUUGUACUUGAUUCAUGAAGACUAUUGGAGCACUAUUAAUGGCUCAAAGUAAUAUAUUUGAUUUUUGAAUAGAACAUUGUAUUUGAGUGAUGAAGACUAUUAGAGCACUAUUAAUGGCUCGAAGUAACAUAUUUGAUGUUACAUAACGUGAAAAGCUGAUUCAUUUUUUCGAGAGAAGAUUGUAACUUACACUUAUGUUAAAAGAACUUUUUGUGCUCACAGUAAGACAUAUGAGCCAAAUGAAUAUCAUGAUAACGACCUUGAUGCUUUAAUAUGCUUAUGACUUUGAUGAUUUAAAUAUGUUCCUCAUAAAUCAUCAUUAAAGAAUAUAUUUUCUUGACUUUCAUGAUUUAGUAGCAUUGUCAAAACAUUGCCAUUAUUUUUGUACAUAAACCAUUGAGACAACAUAAAUAUUUAUUAUAGAUACAUUUCACUUGCAUUGAUUUAUUUUAAAGAACAUUGUCAAUAUCUUUUCAUUUGACCAUGUAACCAUUGUCAAUAUUUUUCAUUUGAUUAUGUAACCUGAUGGGAUAAACUAAGUAUAUUUGUAUACGAGCAUUUUUCAUGGCUGCUCAUUCCUUUGUAAAAUUAAUAUUGAAAGCAUUCUUUUGAUAAAUUGAGAAUUUACUUUGAAAUUUUGUGUAAAGAAACACUUGCUUUUUGAGUAAUGUUGACAACUAUGAGUAUUGUCUACACAGACAAAUAUUUUUUCAAAUAUUGUAAGGUCAAAUGAGACCAUAUAUUAGUCUCAUCAAAUUUUUUGAUGGCAUGAUAAGACAUGUGCCAGAGAUUAUAGCACACAUUGUACAUUUGUAUGGAUUAUUUCUCUCUCAAAAGAUGUGACUAUACAUAUAAUAGUAUUAUUACUUAAAUUUCAAAAGAUUUUUACAAAAUCUUUUUUUUUUGAGGGAAAGGGCGUAAUGUCACAGUCUUAGUUGACAUUGCAUGAUCUAAAGUUCACAUCAUGUUAAUAGUUUAAAAGACACGUGGAAUUCCUAAUGUAGAAAACAGGAAGUAGAAUGAAUAAAGUUGACUUUGAAGUCAGUCAGUCAGUCAAGUAAAGCAGUCAAGUGAAGUCAAGUUAGAAGUCAAGUGUUAUUCUUUGGACCGAGUGGUCAAGUAUAUUUUAGUCCGGGAUGGACAGUAGCGACUUAGAAAAGUCUGUAGUAAUUUCAGUUAGAAAGUAACUUGUGGGCAGUUGUUGCCAGUGGUCUUUUGAGACAUGUAUUAGUUAAUCUAUAUUUCUACACAGUGUUGCCCGCUGAGAUGCAGACAUGAUUUGUUGUUAACGUAUUGGAUACUUUUGAUACCGCUGUUAUGCGGAUAGGAUUAUUAUUUCUUGACUUGUAGCACUAACAAGGAGUGCAGUAUAUUAUUAUUAUUAUAGUAAAAUAAACUUCAUGUUGUCUGCUGAACGGACUUGAGUCAGUCGUAUAGUGUUUGUCUUGUCACGUGUCUAGAGUACUUCAGGAAGUAAGAACUCAAUAUUACACCAUUCAACGUUCAUUGACAGACCCCCUCCCUCCCAACCAUUUCCUCUGCCUUAUCUUGAUGACUUUGACUUUAAUUAGACAUUAAGCUUUCCAUGUGCUGAAAUUUAGCAUUGUAGAAUGGGAAAUAAAUUGUCUAUGACAGUUCAAAGUGUGUAUACAUUUUUUUUGACGCACCCUGUAAAUAUAUUGUAUUCAGUGAUUUUUUUAUUUUACCAUUUUCUAAUAUUAGUUUGUUAGCUCAAUAACUAUUAACCUUUUAGAUCGUUAUCUUUCAUAAUGUUAAGACUAGAAAACAAGAUCUCAAAAUUAUGGAGUGUGUGUGUGUGGGUGUUUCCAAGGUAACGUUGAGAAAUUAGCGAUUGGUUGGCGGAUAUGCAGUGAGGAUGGUGAAAUUACAAAAAUGGUCUAGUGUAAUGCAAAUUACCCAGGGAUCUGAAACUGUACAGACAGGUUUUUUGUAGUGAGUUAGAUUUUGUUUAAAAUACCAUUUUAUAUUAUUGCUACUAGAUUUAUUUCAUUUCAUCUAGGUUAGUAUUAGGGUUAGUGUUAUGUUGUAAUAAAAGUUAUAUUUAGUUUUGUUUCAUAAAAAGAAGAUUUUUCAAGUUUCACAAUUAAAUAUAUAUAUAUAUAUCCAAGCAGUAGUUCUCACCAAACUUUCAUACACUGGCAGAACUACCUUAAAAAAAUGUUCUGCUGGAGGCUGGUGUGGGUAGUAUAGAAGAAAUACUUAUUCAACAGCUGUGAUGGGUUGGAAAAUUAUCCCACAUGGGGGGGGCGACUGCAUGCCAAAUGGUAUCUUCAAGGAUGGCGUAACGGGGUACUCCUGUAAGCACUAUAAAGAUUAACUCAGGCACCUUUUUGCCAUAGAGGAAAGUAGGUUGUAAUAGGGUUUAUGAAAACACUGCACUCAUGUUUUAUCUUCAGCAUCAUUAUUAUUAUUAAACUAUUACUCAAAUUUUGCUUUGUUAUUUUGCCAUGUAGAGAUUUACUGCUGCUGGGGUGAACAAUGCUUAAAAAAAAUACAAAUAUGCUGUGUUUUUACUUUGGCCCAGCGGUGGCUCCCACAUUUGUCUUUUGUAUUUUUCUAUACCAGUUCUGUUACUGUGCAAAUGCAAAAAAAAAAAAUUGUUGCACUAUUGAUAUUUUUUAUACUAAUUUUUUAUUUAUAUUAUUAAUUAUUUAUUAUUAUCUAAGCAUCUGUUUGUAUUUGAGCUGGGUAAUGAAUAAUAGAUUCUUAAAUUUAAUUGUUGUUUGUUGCUUUACUCACUUUUAAACUGUGACCAUGUAAAUUUUGUCUAGAUGGAGAAUGGUAAUGUCUUAGUGUUAAUGAUUAGAUUGAGAAUGGUAAUGUCUUAGUGUCAAUGAUAACAGUGAGAAUGGUAAUGUCUUAGUGUCAUUGAUUAGAUUGAGAAUGGUAAUGUCUUAGUGUCAAUGAUUGCAUUGAAAAUGGUAAUGUCGUAGUGCCAAUGAUAACAGUGAGAAUGGUAAUGUAUUAGUGUCAUUGAUUAGAUUGAGAAUGGUAAUGUCUUAGUGUCAAUGAUUACAUUGAGAAUAGUAAUGUCUUAGUGCCAAUGAUAAAAGUGAGACAAUCAUUAGAUUGAGGAUGGCAAUGUCUUAGUGUCAAUGAUUACAUUGAGAAUAGUGAUGUCUUAGUGCCAAUGAUAAAACUGAGACAAUCAUUAGAUUGAGGAUGGUAAUGUUUUAGUGUCAAUGAUAAAACUGAGACAAUCAUUAGAUUGAGGAUGGUAAUGUCUUAGUGUCAAUGGUGUAACACUAUGAUUAAAGUGAGAUGCACAAGAUGAUUUCAGUUCACGUGAAAAUGGGUCUUACACAUUGUCAAGCAAAGAGGUACCAUUUUUGAUCACACGACCACGUUUUUUUUACUAAGUUAGCGCCAUGAUGUAUCAAGAGACGUAGGUGUCUCUGUUUUAUGAAAUUGGAUUAAAUAAUAUGAGUACCUAAUUGGAGCUUUUUCUAUGGAUGUAGUUUGUAUUUGAUGUGAAAUAAUUCGUGAUGAUAUUUUAUGGCUGAGCCUACUUUCUGAACUAUUAUUUGAUGUAAUAAAUAUUCGUCUGCCA